GUUAAGAUUUUUAUCCGUUGUGUACACUGUUGUACCUCCAAUAUCAAACAAUGCCUGGCACAGAUUAUGCCCUCCAUCAAUAUACCACGUUGUAAAAUGAACAAAUGAAUGGGUGGAUGGAUGGAUGGGUGAGCAAACCAACGAAUGAGUGAAUGAAAGGCUGAGAGCUGGCACGGAGGACUAGGGCAGUAGGACACACUCCUGCAACGGCAACAGCUCCGGGUUAAAAUCCCGGAGUCCGGGCAGGAGCCGGCUCCCCAAUGGGUGGGUGUCGCUGGGGCUUCCGCUUCUCUCCGCCCCCUCUGCUGGUCAGUGCCGCAGCCUCCGCCGCCGCCGCCGCCGCGUGCAAGGGCUUCUGGGAGGCGAGCCUUGGGGUCUCGGGUGAGGGGCGCAGGAGGGCGCCAUCUUGAGUUGCGAGCCUGGUCUUCAGACUCAUCGCUAGGGGCGGAGUGGUGACCCCGCUGUUACCGCAGCAGACGCCGCAGCUGGGGACUGGAAAGUCAGAGCGCCGGAUAGUGCCACAUUAAUAGAUGCCAUGGCUUGUCCAGGGAAAGAUAACUAUAGAAUGAAAAGUUAUAAGAAUAAAGCCCUAAAUCCCCAAGAGAUGCGUAGACGAAGAGAAGAAGAAGGAAUACAACUUCGAAAACAAAAAAGGGAAGAACAGUUAUUCAAACGCCGAAAUGUCUCUUUGCCCAGAAAUGAUGAAUCUAUGUUAGAAAAUCCUAUCCAGGAUCCGGAUAUCAGUUCCACUGUACCCAUUCCAGAGGAAGAAGUUAUUACCACAGAUAUGGUUCAGAUGAUUUUUUCUAAUAAUGCUGAUCAACAACUAACAGCAACACAGAAAUUUAGAAAGCUGCUUUCUAAAGAACCUAAUCCACCAAUUGAUCAAGUUAUACAGAAACCAGGAGUUGUGCAGAGAUUUGUAAAAUUUCUUGAAAGAAAUGAAAAUUGUACAUUACAAUUUGAAGCUGCAUGGGCAUUAACUAAUAUAGCAUCUGGAACUUUUCUACAUACCAAAGUAGUGAUUGAAACUGGGGCUGUUCCAGUUUUUAUCAAACUUCUUAAUUCAGAGCAUGAAGAUGUUCAAGAACAGGCUGUUUGGGCACUUGGUAAUAUUGCUGGUGACAAUGCAGAAUGCAGAGAUUUUGUUUUGAAUUGUGAAAUACUUCCACCUCUUUUAGAGUUAUUAACAAAUUCAAACAGACUUACAACAACCAGAAAUGCAGUAUGGGCCCUCUCAAAUUUAUGUAGAGGCAAAAAUCCUCCUCCAAACUUUAGUAAGGUUUCACCUUGCUUAAAUGUCCUGUCACGAUUGUUGUUUAGCAGUGACCCAGAUGUAUUAGCAGAUGUGUGUUGGGCCCUUUCUUAUCUCUCCGAUGGAUCCAAUGAUAAAAUUCAAGCUGUCAUUGAUUCUGGAGUCUGUCGAAGAUUGGUGGAACUUUUGAUGCACAAUGAUUAUAAAGUUGUAUCACCUGCAUUAAGAGCAGUUGGUAAUAUUGUGACUGGUGAUGAUAUACAAACACAGGUAAUUUUAAAUUGCUCUGCAUUACCCUGUCUCUUACACUUAUUGAGUAGCUCAAAGGAGUCAAUCAGAAAAGAAGCCUGCUGGACUGUUUCAAACAUCACUGCUGGAAAUAGAGCUCAGAUUCAGGGUGUUAUAGAUGCAAAUAUUUUUCCUGUAUUAAUUGAGAUUCUUCAGAAAGCAGAGUUUCGCACCAGGAAAGAAGCAGCUUGGGCGAUAACUAAUGCGACAUCAGGAGGCACUCCAGAACAGAUAAGGUAUUUGGUAGCCUUAGGCUGCAUUAAACCACUUUGUGACCUAUUGACUGUUAUGGACUCUAAAAUAGUCCAAGUGGCUUUAAAUGGACUUGAAAAUAUUUUACGUCUUGGAGAACAAGAAUGUAAGCAGAAUGGAAUAGGCAUUAAUCCAUACUGUGCCCUCAUUGAAGAAGCAUAUGGCCUGGAUAAAAUCGAAUUUCUUCAAAGUCAUGAAAAUCAGGAAAUUUACCAAAAGGCUUUUGAUCUGAUUGAACAUUACUUUGGUGUAGAAGAUGACGACUCCAGUAUUGUACCUCACGUGGAUGAAAACCAACAACAGUUUGUAUUUCAGCAGCAGGAAGCACCAAUGGAAGGGUUUCAACUUUAACUUGGUAGGAGGAAAAAUUAAUGGCUAAAAAGGGUAGCUUCAGAUAUCUCCCUUUUCUUGUAAUGUCAUUAGGAAUAUUUGAUGUGUUUUUAUGUAGAACAAAAAAGAGACGUUAAUGCACUUUUAAAAAGCAAAACAAAACAAGUUUCCAUCCAUAUGCAACCUUUUAUUAUAGUUUUGUUGUUAUUUUGGUGUGCCUGUAUAUAUGUCUUUCAUUGUUUUUUUUGUAUCUAUUUGUGAACAGUUAAAUACAUUAUGAGAUUAUUUAAUAAUUUAAGCCUGAAAAGGAAAACUUUAGUAAAGUAUUACAAUAAUGGUUCUGAAUUUUUCUAGCAUUCUUAGAAACUGCACAUUAGCAGUACAGCUGUCGAUAAUUGCAUUUUGGCAGUAAGUUUGAUAUGCCCAUUCUUUACUAAAUCUACCUCUCAAAGCAAAAACAAAACAAAAGAGCUUCAGAAGCAUGAAACAGAGAAAAAGCUAAAUUAGAAUGUGAAAAUAGCUAUUACCUUAAAUUAUAAAUCACUGUGCUAUAAGUUAUACUUUGCAAAAAAAAAAUUACUACAGAAAACCUGUAAAAGUUACUUAUAAAAUACAGAAGAAAUAUUGUACUGAUAAUCAAUUAAAAUGUGGCAAUUGUGAAGAAAGAAGCUGUUCUUCAUGUUGAACACAUUAAAAUGAUUACACAACAUUUAAAUGUUUGUGUUUUUAACAUAUAAAUGCUAUUAUAUUAGUAUAUUUUGUAUUUUGACCAAAUAUGCCAACAUUUUUGAAAUAGUGUUUUUUUAUUUUUUCACUGCUCAUUUUAAAGAGCAUCAUGAGAUGCCAUCAUGAAUCUAAAGUAGUGCUGCAUAGCAAAAAUAAUACUGUAUUCCUUUCUCUGAUUUUUCAGAGCAGUAAUUGAAAAGUUUCACUUUCUAUGUAAUAAUGAACUUAGGUACUUGAAUGGCAAAAUUCUCCUGAAGAAAUCACCUUGUUAUGUGUUAAAUUUUAUUAAAUGGACUUAAUGGUUUGGACACAAAAGGAUGCUAUUCAUGAAAAUUACUAAGGAUUCUUUAAUUGGUUGAACCCUAUAUUAGGAUUUUUUUCCCCUUUGGUGAUCCUCAAAGGGUCAAACUGCUGCUUGUUAAUGAACCAUCGUAUUAGAUUACAUUUGUAUCAGAUUUGUCAAUAUAAUGUAUGUGUUUAUGUAUUAACAGCAAAAACCUCUUCAUACUGUGAAACUUUAAAAAAAAGUUUCAAUAGAAAAUUAUAUAUAUAUAUUUAUUUACAGAUACAUAUAUAUGUGUGUGUCUGUGUGUUUUUCUCACAGUACUAUACUUGGUAGUUUUCUAAGCAGAUAUGGUACUGUUGAAUCAGUCUUUUCAUUAUUAUAGUUAUGUGCAGGCUAUUUACAUUUCCAAUUGUAUACCUAAAAUACUUGUUUAAAAAUUAGUUUACUGAUGUUUUAAGAUGGGAACUAAAAGCAUUUUUGAUAUGAUUCAUAGUCUAUUCUGUAAAGAAGGUUUCAUUUAUGAUAGCAUUUAUAAUGUUUCUGCUGGAAAUCAGAGGUAUGUUACAAGAAGGAAAUGUAUAUAGGAGUACUUUUAAAUAGUAUGACACUUUGUAAAUUAAAUAUCAUGAAACUAAGCUUUUGGCAAGACACUUAAAAACCUACAAGCUAUACAAUACAGGUUUAAAUGGUGUCCACAAUGCUGACUGCAUCUGCCAAACCUCUUUUAUAUUGUUAAGUAGAAGAUUGUAUCUGUGCCCUUUUUAUUGUAGUAGAAGUUAUGAAGUUCAGUAUAUGUAUAUUCAAAAGAACAGGGUAGUUAUAUUAAAGAUCACCAAAUUGAUGGUGAAUUUAUCAGAUAAACACUUUUUUGUGAUGCAGAUAGUUUAUAAGUAUCAGGUGACAGGGUGUUCCACUCUUUCUAAUCAAUUGAACUUGUUAAUGCAGCAUAAUUCAUAAACUAACCAGCUGUGCCUGCUUUUUUUUUGAGGACCCUGUAGUCACAUUAAUAAAUCUUUAAGCUAAGUCUUUCAAACAAAAUAGUUCUUACAGAAGGAAAAAUAAUAGAAAUAAUAGAAUGACCUUUGAGGGGAGGAUUUUUAAAUUUUUGCCAGUGAAAUAAGCAUUAUAUCUCUAAGUAUAGAAUUUGACCAUAUUUUAAGCAUUUAUAUAUAAAAUUAUAUUUAAUUCAUUGGAUCUGUUACUUGGGUAAUUAAUUUGAUUAGAUGUGAAUGCAAGGGGUAAUAUGUAAUAGUUGGUGUGGUGAUGACUUUAUUGAACCAAUACUAGCAAAUACUUUGUUCCUACAAAUUUUUUUAAUAUGACUACUCUUUUCAAAUGUACUAUUUUAAAUGCUCCAAAAUGUAUUUUCAUUAAUCUUCACUGACCCUUGUGGGAAAAAUUUUCUUUUUUCAACUUGCUUUCCUAAGAUUUAUUAUAUUUUAAUCCGAGAGAAACUGUGCCAAAAAGAAAACAAUGAAAACAUGUUGUAAAAGGGCAAUGCAUGCAACAUUAAUGUAAAAAUCAAGAGAAUACUUGAAAGAGUCCUUUACAUUUAUUGAAUUAAAUUCGGUGUUUUAUUUUUGUCUGAAUUUGAAUUUUUACUAGCUAAUCUAUGCAAUUAUGCUUACUUGUUUUAUAUUUGUAAGUACUUGACUCAAUGCCCUGGGGUUUUUUUUACUCUAAGUUUUAUUUUGAAAAUUGUUCCUAGAACUUAAUUUUUAGUGUUAUUUUGUUCACUUCCUGGUAGCACUAGAACAAGCAAGCAAAAAAUAAAAACCAAAAAAAAGUGAUAAAAUCUGUUGGCACAGAAACAGCAUAUCAUUUGGUAACUGUAAAACCUAUUUGCAGAUAAAGGUUGAUUUUUUGGAUAAAGGACUUUUGUUGGACAAAGCAUUACCUUUGCCUUCAUAUUUUUUCUUCUCUCAAGAAGGAGCAUUAUGGAUAAAGUAAUUAUAAUACAAAGUCUUCGUGGAUUUUUGUUGCUGUUCUAAAUUCAGCAAUCUACUGGCUGCUUUGUGAAACUGUGAAAUCAAAGUAAUUGUUGUUAACCUUUACUCAUUUUAGUUCAUAGCAUUACUGUUUUAUGAAAUGUAACAUAUUAGGAGCCAAUAUGAUGGAUCUCUAAAAGGAUAAUGCAUCUUUAAAUUCUAAUUGGGAAGUGGGAUGAGGGGAAGAUAUUCUUGCCAAACUAAAUAAACCAACAUUUGAGUAGUAUGCAAUAUUAUGAAAUGUUACAGCACUAUAUUAAAAAUAAUAAAAUACUAUUUUACGAUUGCA